UCUCCCUCAAAGCCAGUAAUUUUUGAGAUUUUAAUGAUUGACACAAUUGUUCUUUGUGGAAAUACUGAAGAUAUUCAAGGAAAGAGUCUGUUUAGUUGGAUGUUUUCAAAGAAAAGAGAACCUAAUGGACCAGAACCGAAAUACGAGAAAUUAGCUGAAAAACAAUGGAAAUGGAUUGAAAAACAAUUGGAGAAUUCAAAUGCAGACUAUUUAUUUGUUGCCGGUCAUUACCCAAUAUAUUCAACUUGUGAACAUGGUGGAUUUAAAUGUCUUCAACAAUUAGAUGUUCUUUUACAUAAAUUUGGAGUUAAUGCCUAUUUUUGUGGUCAUGACCAUAAUUUACAACACAUAAAAAUUGAAAAAGAAAAUUUGGAUAAAAAUGAUAUUGAAGAGGAGGAAGAAGAAGAAAUAACUUUUGUAAAUUAUAUUGUUUCUGGGGCAGCUUCAAGAUCUGAUAGAAGUGCUAAACAUUUAAAUGAUAUUUCUGAAGAUUCUUUACUUUUUAGAUAUCCAACUGGUUGGAAUCCAUUUUCUCAAAUUGGAUUUUCUAAUGGCGGUUUUGUACAAGUACGUGUGGAACGAAAUCAAAGUGAAAUAAACUUUUUUGAUGGAAAAAGUAGAAAAAGAUAUUCUUUUCAAAUUGGACCAAGGAAAAAAUGA